UAUGUCCUGAGCGCUUCCGGGUGUGUCGGGAUUAACGCAUCGUCCUGUCAACAGGCAGCGAGGUGCGGGAGGGUCACGGGACACGUAGUCUGAUAGCGAGCGACGAGCUAAACGGCCACGACGACGACGCGGCUGCGUCGCGGUGAUGCUUCUCUUGAAAAGACGGUGAAACCGCCGCAGAAAUACUGCUCUCGUGGAGAAACGCGGCCAUUCUGCGUAUGAGCGACGGUAACGCGCUCUCUCGUGCUGCGCUAGGAACACCUGUGUUCCUCCAUACCAUAUCAUAUGGUAACGGAGUGACAGCGAACGGUGCGACGCGCGCGGUGCUCGUGAAUGAUGAUGGCUCCAGGUUCUAACGAAGCGCCGGCCGUGUAGCUGACACAAUAGUAGCUACGCGACGAAGUGCGGGCGCGCUCCCGCGUAGUUUACCGAAUAGGUGACGGUGAAAUACCGUGCCCAGCGAUGCCGGUGACCUCAGUGCACACGCUCUGCGCGCUCCUCUUCGCCGCUGCGCUGGAAGCAUAUGGAGAGGUGCACACCCUGCCGUGGACCCAGGCGAACGCGACGAGCGCCGUCCACGCGGGAGACCAGCACGCGCACAACAGAACGGACACGGCCUUGACGAUAGGCUCGCGCGUCUCUACAUUCGUGAAGCAGCUGCCCACGCUGAAGAACUUGGUCAUUUUCACCUGCGUGUUCGGCGCCUUGCUGCUCACCUGCCUCGUGCUCCGAGUGUACAGGUCCGGAAGAAAGGUGAGAAAAACUCGAAAGUACGACAUCAUAACGACGCCCGCCGAGCGCAUUGAAAUGGCCCCUUUGAACGAAGAGAACGAGGACGAGGAGGACUCGACCCUUUUUGACAUCAAGUACAGAUAAAGGCUCACACAACACAAGGCAUAAUAUGUGGAUUUUCUGUGCAAUUUUUUUUUUCUUUUUUCCACUGAAAGUCAAGAAAGGAACGCAUCCUUUUUUCCAUACGUAGCCAAGAAUCAUUUCAUCAGUCAGACAAUCUUAUGUGACUUUAUAUUGCCACAGACUUGUAACAGUUUAUCUCAUACAUAUCAACAGGAAUGUAAUCCGUAGAAAGUCUGUCGUGCUUGUUCCUUUAUUUACUGCAAAUUGGACAAUCCCUGUGGAAUCCAUGCAAAAUCGGGGCUUAUACUUAAACUAGCUAUAAUCAGAAUCUGGACAUAUUACCAAAAAGUGUAACUGAUCUUUAUUUUUGUAAAACUCGUGUUGAACUGUUAUAAACUACCCUGUAAGUCUUUCCAGGAAGUUGAUACUAUGUUUUGUCCCUUGUUUCAUUGUGUGAACUUGAUUACAUUACAUUAAAUUUA